CAACCACAGCUACAGCUCGUAUAGCUGAACGUUCUCGUUCUAGGCUGGAUAUCGUAGACGCGCGGGAAGUUUUCCCUGUUAAAUUCGCCGAAUUCUAGCGGUUUUGCCAGUUUCGAUUUCACUUAUUUAUGUGGGAGUUGCUUAUGUUUCUGUAGAUCAACGCAAUGUCUUGGUUCAACGCUGCAAGGCAAUUUGGGGUUGAUGCCUGGAAGUGACGGGAUAAGCUGCUAAGUUAGUGCUGAGGUUAGCUGAGUGAGCAGGAUGACGAUGGAAGCUGAGGAACAGUCGGCUUCUGAGCCUGGUCCUAGCACUGCUCCUGAAAGUGAUUCAGCCGCACCGGAUCUGAAAAACCCUGAUUCAAACCUAAGCUCGCAAAGGGUGUUCAAGAAAUCAUCGCCAAACAGCAAACUUACCAUGUACUUGGGUUCCCGCGACCUAGUGGUUUCACAUGGCCGAAUCGACCGACUUACCGGCGUCUUACUAAUCGACCCUGACUUUGUGGACAAUCGCAAAGUCUACGGACAGAUCACCCUUAUGUUUCGCUAUGGACGUGAAGACGAAGAAGUAAUGGGCCUGAAGUUCUGCAACGAAGCUGUGAUGUGUUUGGCUCAAUUGUACCCACCUCCUGAGCAACAAAUCUACACACCAACUCGGCUACAGGAGUCCCUUUUGAAGCGACUAGGCGUCAAUGCGUAUCCAUUCACAAUGGAAAUAACCCCCUUGGCACCUCCUAGUGUGCAGCUGGUUCCAGCCAAAGAAUACAACGGAGCUCCCAUAGGAACCAGCUACGAUGUGCGGGCCUACGUUGCUGAGCGAAUAGACGAAAAGUUGCACAAAAGAACGACAGUGAGGAUGGGAAUUCGCGUGGUGCAAAGGGCGUUUGCUCCGCCAUCCCCUUACCAAUAUGUUCCAGGAGGAGGCAAAACUUCAAAGGAGCAAGCCAAGAUGAACAGGAAAGCGCUGCUGUUCGGGUGUAAAAGUGAGCCGUUCCAAAAUCGACUCCUGACCAAUCAAGCCAUGUCGAGAUCGGCGGAAACCCUGCCUGGAAAUCAGCUACUGUGCCCACAAAUCCGCAUUACUCACCGAUCAAUGCCGGAGUGCAGGCGACAGAACCUGGAAGCUGGAAACAAUGAAGACACGGAAAAUAAGAGCCCCAAUCGCAGAUUUCCCCUAAAGUACAGUGGCCGUGUCACUUUUGAUGAGCAGGAGGACGACAGCAUCACCAUAACGCAAAAUAGUGUGGAAAUAAAUGGAAAAUCGACAGAUGCAGUGGACUCUGAGCAGACCGCUUUGGAAAAGAGACGAGCGUCAUUGAAAACGACCAAAUCUGAAGUUCGUAGCGAUAGUGUCGAAAGCAAUGAGGAUCGUAUAUCGGAUUAUUACCGAUCGCUGUGCAGUGCUAAGCGCCCAUCGAUGGCCGCUUAUUUAGCAGCAGUUCCCAAUCCGGAAGCGACAGUGGAAAAGCAAUUUUUGCUCAGCGACGGCAAAGUGAUACUCAGCGCAACGCUGGACAAGGGCAUUUAUUCGCACGGCGAAGAAAUUCGCGUCUCUGUCCAAAUCAGAAACAACAGCAGCAAAACCGUCAGGAGAAUAAAGGUGUUUGUGGUACAACAUGUGGACGUUUGCAUGUUCAGCAAUGGCAAGUUUAAAAACGUCGUCGCUUUGCUCAGCGACAAGGAGUCCUGUCCUAUUCUAACCGCAGCUACUUUGAGCAAAACCUACACUCUCCUACCACUGAACAGCACCACGAAGAACUGGAUAGCUUUGGAGGACACUUACACCAAAUCCAGUUCCAGCCUUGCCAGCACUGUUUGCUCGGUCACCGGAAAUGCUGACGAUCGAAACGUGUUUGCUAUAUAUGUUUCCUAUUAUGUCAAAGUAAAACUACUGGUGAGCGUGAUGGGUGGCGAUGUGAGCCUGAAAUUGCCGUUCACUUUGAUGCACACUUGCAACGAUUACGAUGGUGAAACCCUAACGAGAGUAAGACGAGUGGAGAGCGAGUCACGCCGCUUUGUCCAUCCUGCACAUAUCCAUCGCAAGACCGAACAAGACAUAAAGCAGGAGAAGGAUGGAACGUGAGAAAAGGAAAAGGUUGUGGUAGAAAUCAACAAAACCGACCAAAAAUCGCCAACCGACCCCCUCUGUAUCGGGCCUGAAGUUAUUCACGGCCCUCAACGGCCUUUGACGCUGCAUUUUUGCAAAAAUGGAGACAGCCAGAAGAUGGCAGCCGAAGAACCACAAGCUCACAAACCCGAGAAGAAGCAGCAGAAUCUGGAUGAAAUUGUUACAUUGAACAAAUCUGAUUCGGAAAUUGAAAAGUUGCCAACUGGUUUUAAGCAAAAUGGGGCUCAGUAUGUGGAGUGCCACCCCAAUGGAGAACAAGGGGCAUUUUUUAGCUUGAGACGCGCAUUUUGUUGUUUGAGAACUAGACGCAGCUCAUAGCAGAGCAUGCGAGUGAAAUGUUCUGAAGCGGUAAGUUUGAACUUGUAAUUAACGUCUACUGAGGGGACGUUACUAGGUAGGAAACUAUAAUAGCGCGCAAGCACAUGUAAUGGCUCAAACUUGCAAAAUAUAAUUAGGGUCUAUUUUUAGAAGAUGUAAAUAUAGAUAGGUAAAUGCAGUAAAUAACUUUUGUCCUCGAUUUGCUCAUGACCAGCGAUCAUUUGCCAACCUCAAACGGCCUUCCUAAGAGCCUGAUCCUAGUUGAGUGCAGCAAAAUCGCGCAGAAACUCCCAACUCCUCAACAUUUACACUCAAUUCCUACCCGUAUCAUUGGUGUGAAUUCCUAAAGUGUAUAGAUCGAUAUUUGUACUAUGAGGUGUCGAUAUGUGACAUGUCUAUGAGUGUUCCGUGUAGUUCCGUAAGAUCGAGCCUAUGUAAGAUAAAUAUUAUUUCCAUAAUGUAAAGAAAUAAUUUUGUAUCCUGACCGAAUGUAGCAUCCAAAUAUUGCCCCAUGUUAAUUGAAAAAAGAAUAAAAUAAUUAUAGAAAA